CCGAGCUCCAAACAAAACAAAAGCUCCAUACAUCUCAGUUCAUUCUAUUUAUAAUUUACUAUCUUCCAAGCAACUGUCAAACAAGUCUGUAAAGAUCGAAUAUUUACUGCCUUAUAAAAUCCUAAAAUUAAUUCGCAUCCUUUCACCCAUGCCAAUCCUUUCUACCACACUACCUCUUAUCCCUACAUCCGUAAAACUUUCAUUUCUAGUGCGUAAUAUGGUCAAUCGCACAUUGCAAUCCCUGAAUGAGCACCUUGACAUCGUAAACAGGGAGGAGCUGCACGAGUAUUUAGUCCAUAAAAGUAAAGUGCUCAGAAUGCUGGCAUACAUAGACGUGCUGAAAUAUUAUAAACAGAAAAGGAGACCGUCACGAGUUGCGGACGAGAUGGCCGACUGGUUUGAGGAGAUGAAAAUACUGUUCUGUGCCAAAUGCGACUUUAGAAGCGCUCUAUCUGUCUAUUUUUAUGGGUAUGAGGGAAUCGUGAGCAAUGCCUUGAUAGAGAUGCUACGCGAUGACGACAGUAGUGGAAAUGCACUGGCAGAACGAAACGUAAUUAAGUACACCGAGGAACAGAAUGAUGUGCUGGUGGACAGAAAAGCGGAGAGUGCCGAUGAUCUCAGUGCUAUUGACACUCUGAUCCGGAUCUAUCUGACCAAAGAGGACGUGUCAAUUUUUAAAUCAAUUGAGAUAGAAAAUGGUGUUUUAACGCUUGCGAGUGACCACGUAACCUUUAAAUUAACGCUUUGUGGCAGCCACACCUCGCCCACGUGGACAAUUCUCUCUCCACCAAAUAUAAAUCUUCAUUUUCAUCUGCUUCCUGUUUACGUAAAAAAGAUCGAGGUCAUAAACCGACAGCGGCGGAUCUUCGAAACUUAUAAGGACAUCGCGACAGGCACGUUCUAUGACUUUGAGAUACGCGUUUUUGAGGAGAUAGUAUUGAAAAUAAAAGACGGUACAGGCAUUAUGAAGGCGUUUGGCGAAAAAAUACAUGGUGGAUUGGACAUUCAUUGGUACAUGCGAUGGAUAGAGAAAUGGUUCAUAGGAGAAAUUUCUAAUCGAUAUGAAUACCUGAAGAUGAGGUAUCGUUUGUGGUUCGUCAUCGGCGAAGGCCUUCAUUUGGUAGAGGAAAAUGAGCACACAGAACAGCCAUGCAGGUUUAUUGGUGGCCUAGAUGACAAGUAUUUGAGCUCAGCAAACACUUUUUAUGAUAACAGAGAAGAAACCGGCCACGUGUUGUUCAAAUCGUUGAAAGACUUCAGGAGAUACUUCGUAAACCACGAAAGACACCCUUUUUACACGGCUCUGCUGUCCAUUGCCAAAAGAAACAACAUCUCAGUUGUUAGGAAUUACCAAGAGAAAGAUUUCGGGACAAGGAACGUAUUUCUGAGACGUGAUGCGAAUUUUGUGUGCAUACGGUGCGAUGAUAACAGCCAUAGAAUAUUUGUCGGCAGGAAUGUGAAGUACAAUCUGCUGCGCUAUAUUGAACUAGGCAUUGUGUAUAACACGAGGGAUAAAAGUGCUAUCAGUGCCCAAGACAUAAACGAUCUAGAAGACAACUUCAGUGAUCUGAAUGUUCGGUCAGGAUGUUUCCUCACAAACACAGCGGAUAAUCGGUAUGCCAUCAGUCUGAGCCACGUGAAGUAUUUUCUACGAGAUAUCGACCUGCUGAUGAUGGUUAAUGACAUUCUGUAUCUCCAAGAGACAAGCGUUACCGUGAGCAAUGAGAUAAAGUUCCUGUACAACAUGGACAGGUACAAAUUUAAGAUCAAAAUAAAAAGCGACGAGGACUGCCGCAUGGGAACAUCUCAAUCGGAUGAUUACGAUCAAAAGGAUUCAACCAAGGAGGAAAACGGAACAGCAGACACGUACAACGAUGUGCCAAGAAUGUCAAAGCGAAAAAGAUUUGUGGCACGAAUCGCUAUUAGCAACCAAAGCAUGGCUGAAAUAAAAAUAUAUGAAAUAUCCAAUCUUCUAAAUUAUUUGACCAUUUCAAUCCUGAGGGAUAAACUGAGCAAAUACGGCAUCAAAGGCACCUUUGAGACGGCCCACAACAGAUCGAUCCUGUCCUUUAUGUUUUACAACCUGAGCAUAAGGGUGGUUUACGAUGGAAGGCUGUCCAUUCAGUGCACCAACACGCUGCUUGUAGAUCUGCUGAAGUGUUGCCUGACCGUUGAUCUGAUAAGCCAUCUGCGGGCUCUAAAGCUGGUCCUGAAGGAGAACCUGGUGCCCAUCUCUUUUAACAGCAAUUAUCUGCUGUUUAAGUAUGGCAAGACAAUAGUGUUCAAGUAUUACGGUGAGAGGUACUACUGCGCCAUUGAUGGCGGCUAUAAAACGGUCGACGAAAAGAUCGUGAGCGAGAUGAAGAACAUGGAAGUCGGGUGUAAAAUGGACAAGAUCUGGUGGUGCCUUCAUGCGUACGAGAACAAGACAAAAAUACAAGUAGAGAACACGAAUGGAGAUACAGGGGAGGACAGGACAUUUCUGUUUGCGACUGAGGUUGGUGAGUUUAGGAUAUACAGGCAGCGAAAAAGCAUAAUUUUGAGAUUCACACGCUGUGAGCUGAGGGACGAGCAAAAAGUUGUCCUAGAAAAACUUUUUUACAACAUUUUCAACUUCGAAAAUUAUUUUACGAAGUACAUGGACGUGCUGGUUCACAAGAACAAAGCUGUGAAUGUUAUUGAAAAUUUAAGCAGCACUUGAAGAAGAACCAGGUAUACGUCCAAAGAACACACAUCGAAUAUUUCUACUAAAAAG